GAAAAUUAUUUAAUUUUUUUAUUUAAUUUUUUUUAUUAUUUUUUCACUUUCUUCUUUCUUUAUUUUAUUUUAUUUUAAAAAAAAUAGAAAAAUGUCCACUGUUGAAUUUGUCAACGAGAAGAACCUCCAGAAGGAUCCCUUCACUGGCGAGAUGAUUUCCAAGUCGGAAAUCAAGCGUCGUACUAAGCAGCGCGAGAAGGAAGCUGCCAAGGCUGCCAAGGCCGCUGCGGCUCCUGUUGUCGAGAAGACCAAGAGUGCUGAGGAGGGUGAGGAUGAAUUGAACCCCAACCAGUACUUUGAGUUGCGUUCCAAGAGCAUCCGCCACUUGCGCGAGACUCAGCAGCCCAACCCUUACCCCCACAAGUUCCAGGUCGAGUUGAGCUUGCCUGAGUUUAUUGCCAAGUACAACGAUAUCCCCACUGGCGAGCGUCAGGACAACCAGAUCGUGACUGUGUCAGGUCGUAUCCACAACAAGCGUGCUGCUGGCGCCAAGUUGAGAUUCUACGAUCUCCACGGUGAGGGCGUCAAGAUCCAGGUCAUGGCUGCUGCUCAGGAUGCCGAAGACGAGUCCAAGUACGCUGAGAUCCACGACCUUUUGCGCCGUGGUGACAUCGUUGGUGUACGUGGUGUACCCGGCAAAACCAAGCGCGGUGAGUUGUCCAUCUUCCCUAAGUCUAUUCUGUUGUUGUCUCCUUGUCUGCGCAUGUUGCCCAAGGCAAACUACGGCUUCAAGGACCAGGAGCUCCGUUACCGCCAGCGCUGGAUCGAUUUGAUCAUGAACAACAACGUCCGCGACAAGUUCAUCACCCGUGCUAAGAUCAUCUCUCACCUCCGUAAGUUCUUGGAUACCCGUGGUUUCCUUGAAGUCGAGACACCCAUGAUGAACCAGAUUGCCGGUGGUGCCACCGCCAAGCCCUUUGUCACCCACCACAAUGACUUGAAGUUGGACAUGUUCAUGCGUAUCGCCCCUGAGCUCUACCUCAAGAUGUUGACCGUCGGUGGUCUUGACAGAGUCUACGAAAUCGGACGUCAGUUCCGUAACGAGUCCAUCGAUCUUACCCACAACCCCGAGUUCACCACCUGCGAGUUCUACAUGGCCUACGCCGAUAUGUACGACUUGAUGAACAUGACCGAAGAGUUGUUGUCCGGCAUGGUCAAGGCCCUGUUCGGAUCGUACAAGGUUGAGUACCAUCCCCAGGGUCCCACCGAGCCCGCUCUCGAGAUCGAUUUCACUCCUCCCUUCCGCCGUAUGGACAUGAUCCAGACCCUUGAGGAGAAGCUCAAUGUCACCUUCCCUGCCGGCGACAAGUUGCAGACCCCCGAAGGAACCAAGUUCCUUUCCGACCUCUGCAUCAAGCACAACGUCGACUGCUCUGCUCCCCGCACCAGUGCCCGUCUCUUGGACAAGCUUGUCGGUGACUUCCUCGAGGUCUCUUGCAUCAGCCCCACCUUCAUCACUGGUCACCCCAUGAUGAUGUCUCCUCUUGCCAAGAAGCAUCGCGAGCGUGCCGGUCUCUGCGAGCGUUUCGAGCUCUUUGUUGCCACCAAGGAAGUCUGCAAUGCCUACACCGAGUUGAACGAUCCCUUUGACCAGCGCGAGCGUUUCGCCCAGCAGGCCUCGGACAAGGAUGCUGGUGAUGACGAGGCUCAGAUGAUUGACGAGAACUUCUGUCAGGCUCUUGAGUAUGGUCUGCCCCCCACUGGUGGUUGGGGUAUGGGAAUUGAUCGUUUGACCAUGUUCUUGACCAACUCCAACAACAUCAAGGAGGUCCUCCUCUUCCCUGCCAUGAAGCCUGAAGAGAACUAAUAAGUGAAUUCCCCUCAUAAUAUUAUAUUUCAUUAUUCUCUUUGUUACUCUCUCUCUCUCUCUAUUACUCUAUCUAUCUUUUGAUCUCUCAUUAUUCUCCCUUUUUUUUUGCCUUGUACUUUUCAUUCCAAAAAACCAACAUUCAAAAAAUAAAAAUGAAAAUAUACUCCUUUAAUACAAACAAU